AUGUACGCUGACCGCGGCUGUUGCAGGGAGCGCGGUCCGACGGCAGUCGAGACCUUGUUCUGGCCCCGGGUGGACGGUGGGAUGGUUGUUCGUCUGGACAUCUUUCUCUGGAUCCACCGCUUUGUUGCAGCUCUACGCACAGAGUCGCAUUCAGUGUUCAAGUCUGCACUGGCUGGUGCAGUGCUGGUCUACAACCGAUCAAAUGGAGCAUCACGUGCGGAGGGUCUGUCUGGGGGCUCAGGAGACUUUCAGGCUCAUCCAGCGUGUUGUCGAGGAACUGAAGGGUCCUGCUGGGCUGAUGAGAGCGGAGUCAGCCUCUUCAAGUCACCUGCUGCGAUCGAUGAGAUGUGGGCAGCACAGCAGCGGCACUUGGAGUGCAUCCAGGACCCGCCGGGCGUGGAUCUGCCCUACUAUAAAGGCCUAGAAGGGUUCCACGUAGUCCUGCCGUUCGUGAUUCCAGGUCCGCACUGUGCAGCAAGGCCCUAUCAGGUUUACCUGAUCAGCGGCAUUGCUCGCUGGGACUCAGACCGCCGAUCUGACGCCGUGUUUGGAGGGAGAGGGCGGCGGCCCAGGACCUACUCCGCACCGCUCAUCAACCGCCUCAACACCCGCUGUCAGGAGUUGUUCGAUGAGCCCGAGGACCAGAACUUUCUGCAUCCAGCCGACGUCCGCUCUGAUGAGCUUCUGGGUCUGGAGAACCCGUUUAGGCAGGGCGCCUUUUCCCUUCAGGACACUGAUCAGGAUGGUCCAGAACCUGAUGAAGAGGUGCUUCAGCCUGGACAGCCAGAACAGGAAGAGACCGACGAGGCUUACCACAGCGAUGCAGAGGACGGAGCCCUGGAUGCUGACCUGCCCCACAUCGCUCUCACCAACGAUGAGACGGCGACUGUGCACCACCCAGCUUUUGACGACGUCUGCAGUGCAAACCCCCUCCCUGGCUUCCAGCAGCUGGAAAGGUUCUGCUCUGUUCUUGUGGACGUUGGGCUGACGGAGAACAAGCUCUCUGUCACCACUGAGGAAAGGGAUGACAUCCUCAAAGCCUGGAAUGCUGUGGAGGAGCACGACAAGCAGCCGCAGCCGUUCACUCAGCUGUACAGGAGUCACUGGGGAAGCUCUUAG